AUUCAUCUCAGUUCCUCGAACAGUGGUGGCUGAUUAUUUUAUUCCAUUUAGCUUACAGGUAUUGUACAAUCGACUCGACUGUAGCAAAUAUAGUUGAUGCUUAGAGGAAUAACCUGCAUACCAUACACGUGCUUGCUGUCAAUGGAUGCAGCAAUUCGCUCAAACGCGACGAAGAAGAAAAAAACCAGUCAAACCCUUGAGAAUAAGUUCCUAUUCGAGCUUCAUUCUUGCUCGAAGGCCAAAGAUUUGUGUGGUGCGAUCUCCCUUUAUGAUGCCGCUGUUUCGAACAACACUCGACUCAAUCAGCACCACUUCAAUGCCCUACUCUACCUCUGUUCCAAUUCUGUCACCAACCCAUUGCUAAAAGACUCUGCUUUGAAAUUUGGGUUCCGCAUAUUUGAUCACAUGUCGUCCACCUUGGGCAUCAAUCUCAACGAGGCCUCUAUUACCACGGUUGCGAGGCUCGCUGCGGCAAAAGGGGAUGGCAAUUAUGCCUUCGAAUUGGUGAAGAACAUGGGCAAGUACAACGUUUCCCCAAGGUUGCGGACCUACGAUCCAGCAUUGUUCUGCUUCUGUGAGCUUCUUGAUGGCGAUAAGGCGUAUGAAGUGGAGGAGCAUAUGAAUGAUGCGGGGUUGAGUUUGGAGGAAGCGGAGCUUGCUGCGCUUUUGAAGGUGAGCGUGAAGAAUGGUAGAGCUGAGAGGGUCUACGAGUAUUUGCACAAGCUUAGAAGCACUGUAAGAUGCGUUACCGAAUCGACUGCGCUGGUUAUUGAAGAGUGGUUUCGUAGUAGCAAGGCAUCUGAGGUUGGUGAUAUGAAUUUGGAUGCUGGAAGAGUUAAAGAAGGAAUUUUGCGGAAUGGAGGGGGGUGGCAUGGUCAAGGAUGGGUUGGACAUGGGGAUUGGAUUGUAUGUACAACUAGUGUUGAUGUUGACGGACAUUGUUCUUGUUGUCGUGAGCAAUUGGUUUGUGUCGAUAUCGAUGAUGAGGAGACGGAGAAGUUUGCGCAGUCUAUUGCUGCGUUGGCUAUGGAACGAGAGGUCAAAUCAAAUUUUACUGAAUUUCAGGGCUGGCUUGAAACACAUGCUUGCUAUGAAGCUAUAGUGGAUGGAGCAAAUGUUGGGCUCUACCAACAAAAUUUUGCUGAAGGUGGAUUUAGCAUUUAUCAGCUUGAUGAUGUUGUGAAAGAGCUGUACAAUCAAAGUGGGAAAAAAUGGCCGCUGGUUAUCCUACACAACAAGCGUCUAAGAGGGCUAAUGGAAAAUCCUUCUGGUAGAAAACUGUUAGAGGAAUGGAUGAAUAAUGGUGUGCUCUAUACAUCUCCAAAUGGAUCCAAUGAUGAUUGGUAUUGGCUCUUUGCUGCUGUAAAACUCAAGUGCUUGCUUGUGACAAAUGAUGAAAUGCGAGAUCACAUAUUUGAACUCCUAGGAAGCAACUUUUUUAACCAGUGGAAAGAAAGACAUCAAGUUCACUACACUUUUGUUAAAGGAAACCUAAAACUUCAGAUGCCACCAUCGUAUUCAUUGGUUAUGCAGGAAUCGGAAAAAGGAUCAUGGCAUGUGCCUUUAGCAUCAGGCAUUAGCUGUGAGUCUUCGAGAUCUUGGCUCUGCAUUACCCGGCCAAGUGCUCUUGAUUCUGUUGCUACUGUUUCUAAUGGUGUGGAUACUUCUGAAAAUAGUCAAUUCUUCCAUCAUUGUGACUCAAUAGAUCCCCACUUGCCAGAGAGAUUCGCAAAUGAAGUUUGUAGUUUGGAUUCCCAAGUUGAUGAGAAUAAUACUACUUCCUUGAUUGGUAAAAGAAAAGAGAGGUCUCCUCCUUGAUGAUAAAUCUUCCACCUGUGCUUGCGUUUGAUUGCUUAAGGGUUGCUGGUGGCUAUAAAGAUGGUUCACUAGAUGAACAGCUGCUACUUCUCCAGUGUGGUUAUUGAGCUUCUAAACUUCCAAUUAAUUUAAACCAAUUAAAACGAGCCUCUUCCCCCCCACCCCCCCUGCCAAUAGACCACAAAGAAAGUAAUUUGUAUAUUGUUUAAUUUAAUCUCAUUUUGUUAUAAUUAUACAAGUGGUUGUUGAUGUGGGGAUUUCAGUCGUGGUUGCAAGGUGGUGGUUGUUUUUAUUGAUAGCCUCGUUAGUGGCUGAUACUAUACAUAAUAUUCCCCUGUACCCUUUUCGCUUUUGUAAACUUACUUGUGCUGCCCUUUAUGGUCUUCGCCUUCCAAACUUAAGUAUACGUGUAGUUAGACGAGCUUUGUAAUUGCUUAAUCUUUUAU